AUGCACACCUCCAAUCGGAAAGUCGACAAGGCGCCUGCAGCGUCACAGAAGGCCAAUGAAGCGUCCAGAGGCUCAAAGUUUGGUUCUUUCGUCCGGAGCGAUGCCGUUCCCGGCUACGCAGGCGUUGAGGAUGCUACACUUAUGCCGCAGCUUCCAAUACCAUCACCGAUAAUGCCGUACUACGGACAGUAUUCUCCCAUCUGCGCUCUCUCCCCUGGUGCCGCACCGAUGGGAUUUUCCAUGCCCCCACAAACUGGCACCGGCUCUCCGCAAAUGUGGAUACCCGGUAUGAUUCCACCUCCACCUGGCGCGAAUUCGAACGCGACGCUCACCCCUCAUCCCUACGUAUCGCAGUAUGGUGCCGGUGCACAGCCCAUGAUGUACGUACCACUGCCAUAUAGCUACCCGCCGUGCAUGGCAGCGACCGCGACCACCUCCACCCCGGCGUUGGGGGCCUCUUUCAAUGGUCAACAGUCUGCGAAGGCGGCAGCGCAGGGAGCGACUCCCCCGUACACUUCCACAACGGCUGCCCUUCAUCAGUCGCACUCCGGUACCGGCGAACCACCAAACCUCUCCCCGCCUUUCAUGGAAGCACCAUCAACGAACAGCACAGUACCAACGCCAUCGGCGGUGUUGAUGCCUGCGCCAGUGCCGAGCAUCACGACCAUCGAGCACUCCGCGAUGCCUCUCAUGCCCAACACCGUGUUGCCACCUGGCGACCCAUUCUGUCCUGCAGGGGUGACAGUGCCGUCCCAAUACGCCACUGCAUCGGCUCUCUGCUUCUCUGACGCCCCUGCCGCGGAGGAGUUACUUUCCGUGCGCUCGCAUCGGUGCAACAACGUGGCCAACGGCUUUCCGGCUGUGUCGCAGCAAAGUGAGAUGCAGGCAACCCCAACGGAUGCUGUUGCUGCUGACAUCAAUGCACCUUAG